UAGCCUGCACCCGGAGGUGGGGGGGGUUUGAAACUUCAAUUGCUUGUUAUAGCAAAUCUACAAGGCUAUUUGGUUCACUCCAUUCAUUAGGCGGAUUCUGGCUUCAGUGAACCAACGUCUGAUCACUGAUCGCAGUCCCUCAUGAUCCGCGUGAAUCACAUAGGCCCGACACCUCUGUCGAAACUAGGACAAGUCUGACGGGUUAUUUACUAGGUCCGAAAACACUUUCCUUCACAAACUUCCCUUUCUUCUUGCACAUAAUAGGCCUAUAUAUCUUCACCAAGGCCUUAUUCCAUUGGUUUCGUAGAAUUUGACCCAGAACCGAUAUUUCUUUUUUUCAAACAUGUUGUUAACAUUACCCCCAUAAAACGGGCGCAAGCGUCAAACUUUCAAAUUCGUAACUCGGUCCAGCACCAGAGGCCUUAUGACUAGGCUGAGUGGUUGCAGGAACUGCCAGUCUCCACCCAUAAUGAGGUUGCAUGACUGCUGUCCCAAGGUAUCACCGUGGCCUUUUUUCUCUCUCAAAUAUUAAGACUUGGACGAUGCGUCUUUGCUCUCUCGUGAAUAUUAUUGAUGAUGUUGGAACCAUAUCAGCUUGUGCCUACGAACAAACUACACAGUGCAUACCUUAAAUCAUUGCUAGAGCAGAAGUUUUACCCACGCCACAUAGGUGUGCAGUGAUUCAUUAUGCAGCCCUCAUUUUGCCGAAGGUAAAACUAAAAACGACUCAUUUCAGGACAAAGAAAAGAACAAACGAUUGCUAUUUUUACUUUUGAAAGGAAACGUUGUCAUACUCAACUGUUUAAGGUCAAAGGGUUUUGAUUCCAAUUAAAAUUUAUUUAAUCUAAUAAAGCGUCCAAACAAUGCCCUAUACAAGGCAAAUUGGUUCGCAUAAAUUACUUUGGAGGCUUCUAAACCUCUAGGUACAAAGGUGGUAUGCGUUUUUCUUCAUAUCAGAAACAUCCAUUCUCAUUCAACACUGGCUGGAGCUCUUUCCACUGCAGUUAGUGAAUACAGCCAUGUAACGAAACCUGAUUACGUGCAAAGUGCAACUCGCUCACGUACUGACAGAGAGUCCCGUAUCCAAAUGCAGUACAAUAGUACAUAUACUUGUAUUUUUUAGCGUCGAAAGUAAAAUAUCAUGCAAGCACAUUUAUUUUAAGGACACAACUGAUAUUGAAAAAGAACUGACAAAGUAGAAAUUGCGUCAUUUUGUAGCUGUUUCCAUUUCAUGUCCAACAUGGCUUUGCGGUGGAGUGUGUUCGUAUUGCUCUGGUUUGGUGGGUACGCGUACGGCACAGGCGAAGGUACGGCUGGAACUGGCUGCAGAGAAGGAGCUCCAGUAGACAGCAAAGGCCGUGAAUUUAUCUUCGCCAUACCAAGCCCCGCUGAGGAGAUAACCGACAACUUAUUCCCGUUUGUCAUAGUGACGAGCGAUGCCGUUGGACUGACAGUCGUCAAUGUCUCCCAUCCCGUCGACCACAUCAGGCACAGCGUGGCUAUUGGCUCUCGCGAGUCGAUGGUGCUCAAUCUGACUGUUGAUUCAAUCGCCAGGGGUUCCGGAUUCUUUGGCGGUGCUGUCGUCAUAAAAGCCAGUUCUGACGUCAGCGUGAAGUGCCUCCUGGAGCAACACGGUCCCCGUUUCCACACCGAAGGCUUUUUAGCGAUUCCAACCGAUGGCUUAGGGACAGAUUACUUUGUUCUGACGUUCCAGACUCACUCGACAAUGUAUGGCGGGAAUCAAGACGCCCGACACUAUUCCCAGUUUGUCGUCACUGCAACACGCGACGACACGCAAGUGAUAGUAGAACUCAGCGCGUCGGCAACAUUCAACAAUAGACAACGCCGUGCUGGGGAACGCGUCCAAUUUGUGCUAAACCGGGCUGAGUCAGCCCAAAUAAGGAGCAUGAAUGACUUGACAGGCUCCAAGGUCACGUCUUCCCAUCCGGUGUCACUGGUGGCUGGAAACGACUGCUCUGAUGUUACAGGGUUUUUCAACUACUGUUUCUAUCUGGUAGAGCAGCUGCCUCCUGUCGCAACAUGGGGCCGCAGGUUCGUCCUUGCCCACUGGGGUCCAAGCAGUUCCAUCUUCACCUGGAGGAUCCUAGCCCCACACCAGAAUACAACGCUGACGUUCCAGGACAACCACUUGAGCCAGGUAACCCCAGGCACUCCAAGAUGGUAUGAUUACAGUAUGUACGACAAGAAAGCCGUGUUGUUAACUUCCAGCAGAGCGGUACUGGUCGUGCAGUACAUUGCCAGCCCAAAGUCGUCAGCCUGUGUGCUGUGUAUUCCUGUAGAGCAGUAUGCCUCUGAGGCCGUGUACCAGCGAGUAAGUCACAGCAACGCGGUUGUACAAACAGCCAAAAAUGGCCUUGCCAACAUCGCCAUGUCCUCGCCCCUUACCAUUGUCUACCCAUGCGACGGUGAGUCCGACAUCCCGAUCAACGGUCUUGAGGUGGCAUUGAUUCUACCGGACGCCCCUGGACGUCUCCAGGAUGAAACCCAUCGAUACUGUGCCAUUGAGUGGUCGGACCCAGUGCUGAGGGACGACUUGUGGGCCGUAGGUGCCUCGCCAACCGGAACCCAUUUCUCGUCAGUGGUCCUGACUUACGUCGGAAGUAACAUAGUCAGUGCAUAUCCAGCCGGCGUGCUUCUCGAGUCGCUUAGUUGUACGCCCGCUGCCGGAGCAACCACACCAAGAUCAGAAGGUGGUGGCAUCGACGUAGACGCAUCGACUAGGAUAUCGACAACACAAAGUUUAACAACAGCAGCAGUUGCAAACACACUGGCAGCCUUGGUCACCAAGUGGGUCGAAUCAGAUGGAGACACUCUUGGCAACCCGUAUGAGGGCGCCCCAAGCAAACCGUUUACCACCGACGCCAAUGUUGUGCUCGUUGUGUGUUGUUCCGUUCUGUCUGUUAUUGUGGCACUGCUGGCAACGUGUUACGCCGUCCAGUGUGUCCGCCGCAGGUGCCGAAGAAAGAACUUUACCCAUGCAGCUGGGAUGCGCUUCAAUGUACGUAGUGGAACGCUACAGGGUGCGCAACGACAUCAACGCAAUGUCGUUGACAGCAUUUAUUCCUCCUUACCAGACAUCCCACGCCCUUCCGAAGAGACACGGGCGAUCCCAAGCGAGGCUCCAACAACGCUAGAGGGGGUACGUCCGUCAGGUAUCACACAGCGAGUGCCGUUCAAUUUCGAGGAGGAUUCCUCAGAGAUCCGUAGAGACAAACCAGCCCCGACGUACGAACAGUCUUUAAAUAGUGGCCUCGACAGAGGGCCAAGAGACAGGGGACACGGAGUGAGACACACCUACAUGGCCUUACAGGCGUGAACACGACAUGGAAAAAUAUGGCACUUUCAAUUUUCAGAUUUGCAUUUAACACUCUGGAAAACACGUUUCCAAAGCCUUACCUAUUCUUGCUAAUUGUCCGGUUCGUACUUUGCGUUAAUGCGAAAGCGAAGCGAAUUUGACGUCGCUUAAGUUGAAAUGUUUUCAACUUCCACGAAUUCUCAACGCGAAUAUUUGAUCUGACGGUUACUUUCGAGCGGAGUAUGAACAGGCCUUCAACUCUAGCAAAAAAUAGCGCAAAACAGUAAUUAUUGGGCCUGAUUAUUAACACCUGUAGCAUGCACGUACGUAAGACAAAAGAAUCAGAUUCGGCUUUUACAAUUCGACUUUUAAUUAAUGGAAGCUUAACGAUAAUUUUGCAACGCUUGUUUAAAUAGCUGCCUACUUACAUGAGAAAUUUAGACAGGCAGAGACCCAACCAAAUAUGUAAGAAUACUUAACAUGUACAUAAUAUUAUUACUCAUGAAAAACAGGCAUUUUGGCUUUAAAUCCGAAGCUGAAUGCACCUUUCCGAUCUCGACCUUUCAAUGACGUAAAUAUUAGGCCUACGUUUUGUGAAUCUACGUUUUUCAACCCUUAAUAAGGGAAAAAUCUCUUUGAUGAUAAAAGUUACCCGCGUACCAAUCCCUCGUCUGUGCACAGUCACUGUUUUUCUGAAUGAUCAUAUGGUUGUAGCAUGUUGAUGAUGCAUUGAUGUGCACUAAAUUGAUGAUGCAUUGAUAUCUUACUCAAGACUAGCCUACGUUCAAGGCGCACGUGGUACCCCGGAUGAUAUUACAGGUCGGUGGUCGGUGGCAAAGCUGCGCAACUAGCGCUCGGUGUUAGCAGCUUAGCAUCCGUGAUUGGAUGCCACGCACGCCUUGACUUAAAACUAACUCAAGACAUAAAAGGGACGCACAGUUUGCAAAAUUCCAAGCCCUGUCCUCUUAUAGUCACAGUGAAACUAUACGGGAUACAUAUUUAGCACAAAAAUUAUACAUACGGAACGAGCGCUAUAUUACAAUCCCAUCAGGAAAACACUCUUACAGCGUUGGUUAAUUAAGUAAAUCAAUAUGUAACCAGACUUGAUCAAGUGAAAUAUAUCUGGGGUAAAUAAACAUAUUUACAAUAUAACGAUAACCAGGAGAAAGAUAUACUUCUAGAAUGAUUAUUCUUCAUCGUACUAACUUAAAUUUGCCCGCUGCAUACCGUUUAAAGUUUUAUAAAUAAGAAAGGCUUGUACUCUUUUUACAUUUACCAACAUUUGAAAUUGCUGACGACGCGGUGUAAUGCUAAAUUAGUUUUAUUACUGUGAAGUUUGACUGAGUUGUUCUUGACCCUUGUAUCGGUGGAGGGGGAACAACCAUUUGACCCUGGAGACAUGCUGCUCAUUCUAUUUAUAUUUUGGGAAUUGAAAGCUAUAUCAUCCUAGAAACAGCACUACACCUUGUAUGGGAUGGUGGUUUAGCAGAUUCUAUCACUGCUGAAAAAAAUGGAUAGUCAGAUUUAGGAAAUUCCAUUUUGCGCCCCCCCCACCGGACCCAAGAUGAGAAUACGCCACUGGACUCUAGGCUAUUUCAGUGGAACGUUUCUUUUCUUUGGGGACCCUAAGUGGACUCGAUGAAGGAUCAGGUAAUUAAUUUGUGACAGUUAAGUAGGUCAAAUGACACCGUAGCAUUUUUUUGACAGUUGGCCAUGAAUAGAUACAAACGAAAUGACGAAAGAUUGUGCGAUCAAUGUAUAAAAAUUAAUGUUAGAUGUGACGACAGAACAUCUGGCUUCUUUGCUGAGGAAUGUGUAAAACUACAUCCUUGAGAUGAGUGUAUCAUUAGAUCUGUAUAAAUAUAGCUCAUAUAAAAAUCUAUCUUAGCAAACUCCGCG